GACAUAUCCCACUGAUGCGUAUACUCCGUAUAUUUAUUCACCUAGGAAGAAAAUCCUUUCGUGUACAUAUCCUCAAAGGACAAUCACUUUUCGGGAAUAGAGUACUGUUUUACUUGAUACCCCUUCUUUCCACUCUUCUUCCCCACUCAAGAAGAUCUUUACUUUUCUGGAGGUUGAGAAAUGGCUCCUAUAACUUUAGCUGGCUCGGCGGACUCGAAGAACAAAUUUGAGGACUUAUCCGGUAUUGAUACGGCGAAGUAUGCCAACCCCUAUGAUGCUUUGAUCGAAGCAUGUCACGAUGAUCCGGUAUUUGAUUUUCACUGUUGACACCAUCUAUCCCGUCAAAAUAACAAUUCUACUGUCAUUUUAUGGCUUUACAAAUUGAUCACAUAACACAUGUGUGUUUGAAAUACUACUGCUGUAUUUAAUUACAUACUUUGAACUAAUAUUCUCCUCAGGUCGAAAUACAAGCUAAGUAUGCAACUCACCGAGAAACUCGAAAUGCUCAACAGAAAGCCAAGAUCCUGGCUUCUGAUUUUCAAGAAAUGAUAAUGGAUACUGUUCUACAAAAACUAGAGGAUCCCAAUAUUGAGCCUGGGUUUGAGGAUCCACGACAUUGCUUGGUAUUCUGGGCGCGCCCUCCGCAACAUAUCAAAACUCUAGUGGGGAAUAUCCAACAGAAACUGCUUACUUUGGCUCCGAGUAUGUGAAGAUUCAUCCAUCGUUUAGCCCAUAGCCUUCUGAUACUCGUCUUAAUUCUCACCACUGACAUAAAUUCCAGAGCUCUGGCUUAUGCCCCUGCUCAAGUUGCACCUCACUGCGCUUGAAAUCACCCAUUCUCUGACCUCCCCGGAAAUAACCUCCAUCAUCAAUCAGCUCGGUACAUCUACCACAUCAACCAUGACAGAUUAUCCCCUUCAACACCGCGCUCGUCUCAUUAAACCUACUCUAUCCUAUGAUUCCGCUGCAGUUGCACUUUCUUUUCUUCCUGCCGCCGGAGAAUUGCUCACCUCAACUCCAGAUCCAUCAUCCCGCAAUCCCAGAACGGCCCAAGAUGAUGUUUUCACCUACCAUCAUCUUCGCCAAUCUCUAUUCACGCUUGCCCGAUCUACAGGUAUUUCUGUUGAUUCCCGUUAUGUAGUUCCCAGUUCACAUAUCACGAUUGGACGAUUUCUCACGCAGGAAGAUCACGAUACGCCUGAGAAACGACAGGCUUGGAUAGACUUGAUUGAGGAAAUCAAUGUGUGGCUUAAAGAGCAGUACUGGCCACGGGAGGAAGGAGGAAGGAAUGAGGAUGGAGAGUGGGUCGUAGGACAGGAGAAGGGUUUGGAUUGUAGGAGGGGCCAGCUGUGGUAUGGAGGGGGUGAGACAGUUAUGUUAGGAAAGGGGUUCUCAGUAUAGUCCCAAGAAUACAGUAGUAUACUCUUAACACUCCAUUUUUUAACUUUUGUUUCCUUGUAUUCAAGAAUGGUGAGCGUA